UUCACUUUCUCUCUGUAUUUCUUUUCCUUUUCUUCAUGCAACUCAACAAGUGUAUUUAAACCUAACAUUUUCUCUCUUUUUUUUUAUGUUUAAACUGUGAAGUUGACGUCAAAUUCCGAUCAUAUUCAUGAAUCAACUCACCGUGAUUAAGACUAUCAAUUCUCGACGGAGAAGGUUAAAAAUCCGGCGACUUAAGUACACUUGUCAAGCCAAGAAAGAUGCUGUUGUUCAAGAAGCCAAAACGACAAGUGAUUGUUCAGCAGAGAUAUCGCUAUCUUGUAAAAACGAAGUCGUUUUGUCUGGUUAUAAACGAGAUGAAUUAUUGGAGAGAAACGACGAGGAGGAAGGUGAUUUGCAGAGGUUUGCAGGAAUGUCAUAUGGAUCGAUAUCGGUGAUAGGGAGGAGGAGAGAGAUGGAAGAUGCAGUGAAAGUGGAGUUAGGGUUUACUGAAAAAGGAGGAGAAAGUUACGAUUUUUUUGGUGUUUACGACGGGCAUGGUGGAGCCCGCGUGGCGGAGGCGUGUAAGGAGAGGUUGCAUAGAGUGUUAGAGGAGGUAAUAGUAGAGGAGGAGGACGGGAAAAGCCAUAAGGGAAGAACGAUAGAGUGGGAGAAGGUGAUGGAAGAGUGUUUUAAGAGAAUGGAUGAGGAAGUUGAGAAAGAUAGAAUGGUGGGCUCCACAGCGGUUGUGGCGGUUGUCGGGAGAGAUGAGCUGGUAGUUGCUAAUUGCGGUGAUUCUAGAGCUGUUCUUUGUAGAGGUGGUGUUGCUGUUCCUUUGUCCGUUGAUCAUAAGCCUGACAGACCUGAUGAAUUGGAGAGAGUUGAAGCUGCUGGUGGACGAAUUAUAAACUGGAAUGGGCAUCGUGUUCUAGGAGUUCUUGCCACUUCAAGGUCUAUAGGUGAUCAGUAUCUUAAACCCUUUGUAAUAUCGAAACCUGAAGUCACCGUGAAUAAGCGAACAGAAAAGGAUGAGUUUCUGAUACUAGCCAGCGAUGGGUUAUGGGAUGUGAUAUCGAAUGAAGUUGCAUGCCAGGUUGGGAGGAGAUGUUUAAUGGGUAGAAUGAGAAGGAAAUCCCAAGAAGUUUCGAGCGAAGGUCGUGCAGCUGAGGCGGCAGCAAUCCUAGUUGAGCUAGCCAUUGCUGGAGGUAGCAAAGAUAACAUUAGCGUGAUAGUGGUUGAACUGAAGUGAUGUAAAAUCAUGGCAGUGGUGAAAAUCUUUACAGCUAAUUAUCAUAGUAAGUUUUUGAGUUUUGGGAGAUAUCAUAAACCUGUUGAAAUGUAGAAUUCUUUCAAUUCUUAGCUUCCCAAAAUCUCAAUUCUUUCAAGGACCAUAACUAGGUUAUGGCUUUUAAUUGUACAUGUAAUUUUAUUUUAUUUUUUCCACUUCUUUAACAAACUGAAUCGGUUUUCUGUUACUGUGGCUCUGUUGCUAUGUAUGUUGUACGGGGACAUUUCAAUUGUUGAUUAAUAAACUUUGGUAUCAGUUUCUUUUGCAAA